CUGCCUUUUCAAAUUUAUUUUACUAAUUUUAAUUUUAGCUCCAUAUGUCGAGAGUCUCACUGCGGGGUGCACAUAAAUGCUGGUCCAGAGAUUGGCGUAGCAAGUACGAAGGCAUAUACGAGUCAAAUCAUCACCCUGGUCAUGUUCGCCUUGGUAAUGAGCGAAGACCGGAUAUCGAUGCAGCCGAGACGCGUAGAAAUAAUUCAGGCGCUGAAGAAGUUGCCAGGACAAAUUCGCGAAGUUCUGAAACUGGACAAGGACGUAUUGGAUUUGGCGAAAGCGAUUUACCAGAAGAAGAGCUUGCUGAUCAUGGGCCGCGGUUACAACUUCGCGACUUGCCUCGAAGGAGCACUGAAAGUUAAAGAAAUAUCUUACAUGCACUGUGAGGGUAUCAUGUCCGGCGAACUGAAGCACGGUCCUUUGGCGAUGGUCGACAGUUCACUUCCCAUCGUUAUGGUUAUAUGCAAAGAUUUGGCGUAUACUAAAUCGCUCAACGCUUUGCAACAGGUAGUAGCUCGCGAAGGUAAACCUAUCAUAGUGUGCGACGAAAGUGUUCCCGUUGCCGACCUGAUGAACCUCGAGCACGUCUUCCGUGUGCCACAUACUACCGACUGUCUGCAAAACGUUCUCACCAUCAUUCCGUUGCAGCUCCUGUCAUACAAUUUGGCUGAGCUGAACGGCCGCAACGUGAGUCAAAUUAUUUCUUUAUACUAA